AUGGACUGGGUAUUAGAGGGCCCAUAUUGGUUCUCGAGCGUGAAAGAAAUUAAUGAUGAGAACAGACAAGUGGUCAGGAAGAGAAGACAUUCAGGGCAGCCAGUUUCCAUCCUCGAAUUUACCGAAUCUGAAAUUGGCCAUUUUUUGAAUCAAGCGCAUGAUACGAUCAUCGGAGAAGGUCAAUCUGCAAGGGUGUGGGUAGGACUUAUUCCAGAUGGUUUCAGACAUGGAUUGUCGGCCCAACAUGCCGCAGUUAAGGAGUACAACUACACAAGCCAUGAUACAUUUGAUCUAUGGGAGAUUGAGAGAGUUCAUCUCAUGAAAUUAGCUCAUCCAAACAUCAUCAAAUUGAUCGGUUACUGUCAUCACAAGCCUCACAAUGGACAAGAGAAAAAAGUUUUGGUUCUUGAACACAUGCCUGGAGGAAACUUGAAUGAGCGGCUCUUUCAUAUAGACAAAUGGAACAAUGAGUCUGUUGAGUGGGACAAAAGAGUCAGAAUACUUCAUGAUGCAGCAAAAGCUAUUAAAUAUCUUCACGGGAUGAAUUUAAUCUACCGUGAUCUAAAAGCUGAAAACAUAUUGCUUGAUUCUGAUAUGAAUGCGAAAUUGGUUGAUUUUGGAGCCAUGAUCGACGGACCUAGGCCCCCAAAUGCUUAUAUCGAGACCCCACAACCAAUUGGAACAAUGGGUUACACGGAUCCUUCCUAUAUAGAGACAGGUCGUGCCGACAUGGGAAUAGAUAUCUACUCAUUUGGCGUUUUGAUUCUAGUGGUGAUAUUGGGAAGAAGAGCGGUCACCACAAAGAAGAAAACAGAACUAUCAGUAAAAAUCAAUGAGAAAUAUAAAGAUAGACCUCUUGAUCUUCUUCGCUCAAAAAAAUUGCGCCGUGAUUCUUAUCGCCGAAAAGAGUUGCAGAGUCUACUUGAUUUGGCAAGAAGAUGUCUGGAGGAAGCAUCAAAGAGGCCGACUUGUGAUGGGAUACUCAGGGAGUUCGAGAACAUUCAGGCGGCAAAGACUUGGCCGCCUUCGGGCUUCGACAUGACGCUGGAUAGCCUAUCUAAAGGUUUUCCAGAUUGA